AUGAAUGAAGGUGAGACUUUGGUGAAUCAGACUCGUCCCACUUCAAUUUCUAACACAAAUACUACAAAUCAGCGAAGAAAAACCGCCGAACUUUUGAUGCCUUUUCAAAAAAUGACACUUCGUGUCAUUUUUCAAUCAAUCGGAAGUUCGAUCGGCAAAAAUCCGUGGGCUUAUUUGAUUGUGACUGUGCUGUUGCUUUUGCCUUCAUGUGAGUUUGGGGCUUCAGAUUCUAGAAGAAACUUUUGAAAAUUUUAAUUUGGUAGCUCAUUUUACACAGUCUAUAAUUAAAAACAUUUUCUGGUAGAUCAAAAAUAUUUUUCUCUAAAUCUCUCACUUUUGUGUGGACAAACAAUUUUGGUUGAAUUUUUUUCUGAAUUUUUGAAACACAAGAAUCACAGGUUUCCGAAUUGCAAAAAAAAUUUAAAAAAUGUUGACUGAAUUUCUUGAUCCCUAAAGUUUGAAAAAAAACAGGCUAGGAUCUAUUUUUAAAUUUGAAAUUUUAAAUUCUGAAUUUUAUCUGAAACUUUUCAGUUUUUGAUCUCCAAAAUUUAUUUUCUUUAUUUUGAACCAAAAUUUUUUUUCGUCGAUUUCGAAAAAAUUCCUUUGAAGUUUUCUAUUUUUUCAAUCGAUGGAAAAAAUUCUUACGAAAUUUUCCACUUUGCCAACUUUUUGCAAUAAUUAUCUCGUUACAGUAAAAAAAGUUUCUCACAAAAAUAUUUCAAUUAAAGUGGAAAAAAGUUGUCAAAAUUUCCCACGAAAAUUUCGAAGAUUCGCUAACUUUGUGUAUCGCAAACAAAUAAUUACUGUAAGCCUUGCAGUCGGUUUGAUCGGUCUCAAACUUCGGGAUAAUGUUCGCGACGGAUAUUGUCCAAAAUACUCGCGUGCUCGCGCCGAAAACGAAGCAUUUCGCUGGUUUUUGGGCUCCGAAGGUGAUCCAGUCAUGACAUCAAUUUUGGUUUUGGCAAAGGAUAAUGGAUCAAUGCAUAGGCUUGAGUAUAUCGAGGAGGCUGUGAGGCAGUGGGAUUUUAUUUCACAAAAUAUCUCGGCUCAAACAUCUGAUGGUGAAGUGAGAUUUGAAAAUUUCUGCGGUCAUUAUUGCCAAUCAAACGAGCCAGUUCGAAUGUUCAAGAAUGCACUAGCCAGAAAAACAGCCCAACCAACAACACCAGGAUAUUAUCUAACUUAUCCAUUUGCCACAAUUAUGAACCAACUUCUCCAUCUGGAGCGCAAUCUUUUCGGCACAAUUGUUGAUGAAAAAAUCUCGACAGAUAUUUCGAUUUUGGAAAUGAUGGAUGAUAAUAAUACAAAUAUUACCAAUAUUGAAUACACUAAAAUCAUCUCGUUUUCUGUGAUGACUGAGGUGAAGACUUUGGAGGAUUUCGAGCGACUUGGAAAAUGGGAAUUGGAGAUUUUCGAUUAUUGUCAAGAAUAUACUGCGAAUCCGGAGAAUUUCCUAGAGAUUCAUGUGAGUUUUUUGGCUGCAAAAAAAAAAUAAUUUCACAAACGAGAUAGUGUGUGUGAAGAAGAGACGCGAGACGAAAAAGGGAUAUGAAAUUUUUUUCCAGGUUCUUAGCGCUGAAAUCGUCGACGUUGAAAUGAACAAAGAUGCUCAAAAAAUGACACCAUACUUCAUUGUCGGGUUUUCUGCAAUGCUUCUAUUCGUUAUUUCAACAGUAUAUCUUUCCGCAUAUUAUUACGGGUUCGCAAAUUAUCGGAUGAUAUUUAUUGGUAUUUCCUGCGCGUUAGUUCCAACAUUUGCAAUCACAACAACAUUGGGUUUGAAUAAUAUUUCGGGAUUUCGAACCAAUUCUCCUCUAUUAAUCAUGCCAUUUUUGAUCAACGGAAUAGGUGUGAAUGAUGCUUUUUUGACUUUGCAUGCAUGGGUCAGACAAGAUCCAACUCAAAGUUCAUCCGAAAAAAUGCGAAGAGUUUUACAUGAAGUUGGACCAUCGAUUACGACAACAACGCUAACAAAUGUUGUGACAUUUUUAAUCGGAUGGUUCUCGCCGACGGAAGAAAUGUCGAUAUUUUGCCUAGGUUGUGGAAUCGCUCUACUUUUGGCCUAUGUAUUCACAAUUGUAUUCUUCUGCCCGUUAUUGGUUUUGGUUUUGAAGAAACGGGUUCAUGAGCCGGUUACGAAUACAAAACGGAUGGAUAAAUUGUUGGAUAUUUAUUGUAAAAUAAUUUGUAGUAAGAUAACAUGCGCAAUUUUGAUUAUUGGAUGGAUUGUUUAUGCAACUUUCGGGACUUUGGGUACAAUUGGACUCGAAUCGAAGUUGGAUACGGCAAAGAUUCUACCAUUAGAUACACCGGUUAGGAAACCAAAUCGAUUGAUUGAGGAAUAUGUUUGGAAGGAAUUCUAUCCGGUCACAAUUAUGAUUAAUACCCCUUUUGAUAUAACGAAUGCUAAACAAGUUGAAGAAUUCGAAAAACUUGUAGGCGAUUUUGAAAACUCUCCAAAAUGCCGUGGAAAAUUGUACACAAUUUCUUGGCUCCGCGAUUACAUUCACUUCUUUUGGGAUACAAAUAAGAAUGAUUUUGAUUAUGAUGCCGAUUCAACAGAAGAAGGGACUAAACCAACAUCUCUCGAUUUCACAUAUCUUGAAAAAUUCGUCGAAAAUCCUCACUACAAACAUCACAAGGGAACCAUAAAAAUUGAUCUGAAUGAAAAGUGAGUUAUCAGUGCAGUUUAGUUUUAACUAUGCCACUUUUUUAUCAUCACCGGGAAAAUACAUAUAGUUAAAAGUAUUUUGGGAGCAACGAAAUGAGAAAAAUCAAAGAAACAUCGUAAGGAGGGGGGUACUGUAGACAAUUUUGCUGAUAAAAUUGAUAUCUCAAUUUUUUCAGUCGCGUGAUUUCUGAUUAUUUUCAGUCAGAUAAAAAUCUGAGCAAAGUUUGGUUGGAAAAAUUUUGCGAAGAGAGAGAGAGAGACGCAGAGAGAGAGAGAGAGAGACGCAGAGAGAGAGAGACGCAGAGAUCGAGCGCGGGAAACAUUUUUUUCAAAAAAAAGUUGAAUUCAAAAUUUCUCUGCGUCUCUCAUCAUUUGUCCUGCGUGGCCCCGAUUAAAAUUAGAAGUCUAGAUUCUAUUUUUAUCACGAGGAAGUCUUUUCAAAUCCAAAAUCCAAACUAAACACAAAAUGAAAAUCUAACAAAGCUCUGAAAAUAUUUGGAGCAACCCUUUGACAUCUAAUUUCUCAAAACCCUUUCUUGGUAGAUCAAAAAUAUUUUUCUCUAAGUCUCUCACUUUUGAGUUGACUCUAGUAAAAACACUCUGUGUAUUUUCCACCACCUCCUAGAAAUCCUGAACUUACAGAGUGCCCCUCCGACGUUUCGCAAUAACAUUCGUCUAUCACAACAGUACAUCUUGGGAGGAUCGAAUCGAUGCGCAACUAGAAUGGCGUGCAAUCGUCGAUUCAUAUCCCGCUCUAAAUGCUUCAGUUUGGAAUGUGAAUGCAAUGUUCGUCGAUCAGAUGUUGAGUCUAAAACCAUUAGCAAUUCAAAAUGCAAUAAUCACAUUGUUAUGUAUGGCGAUUGUCUGUCUUCUAUUUAUUCAAAAUCCCGUGUCUGUGAUAACCGCAACACUUGCGAUUCUCUCAAUUUCUCUUGGUGUCACUGGUUAUUUAUCGUUUUGGCAACUCGAUUUGGAUCCCGUUUCUCUUUGCGCGAAUCUUGUUGCAAUUGGAAUGGCUGUUGAUUUUGUGGCACAUACAACCUAUCAUUAUCAAGUUGAUCAUUACGAAGAUGCGCGUGGAAAUGUGAUACAAUUGAAUACACCGCAACUUCGUGUCAAAAAUACGUUGAUCAAUAUUUCUUGGCCAAUGAUUCAAUCGGCAUUUUCAACACUGCUUUGUAUUUUGCCACUGGUUCAUCUUCAAAAUUACCUGCCUUUGGUGUUUGUCAAAACCAUUGCUUUAGUUGUGAUUUUUGGUCUUUAUCAUGGACUUGUCUUUCUUCCGGCAAUUCUUGCGCAGGUAUGUUUUUGAGACCCAAAUUAGUUAUAUCAACUCUCCUAUUCACAGAUUCCUCUCUCAUGGUUCCGCUUCAACUUGAACCAUCUUCUUGGUGUCACCAAUUCGUCACCAAAUUCUCCGCUGAGUCAAGAAAUGACACCACUUGGUCCAAACUCAAAUUCGGACUGA